AGCCGAAUUUCGAAGAAAGUCAAAUCUACACGGAAGAAAUUUUAAUGAAAAGUGCUAUCAACCAUUGGAAAUGACUGCUACGGGGGUAUACCUUGCGGCUGAUGCCUUUAUGGUGUGCCUCACCCAUGCAUUUUCUACCGAGAGAGAAGAAGUUAUGGGUUUAUGCAUCGGAGAGAUUGAUACAAAUAAGAUUGUUCAUAUUGUAUCUGUCAUCAUGUUACGCAGAUCUGACAAACGGAAAGACAGGGUAGAAAUAUCUCCAGAGCAACUCUCAUUUGCAGCCUCAGAAGCAGAGAGAUUAGCCCGAGAGAUGAGUAGACCGCUUAGGGUAGUUGGUUGGUAUCAUUCGCAUCCUCACAUCACAGUGUGGCCCUCACACGUUGAUGUUCAAACUCAAGCCUCUUACCAGUUACUUGAUGAAUGUUUUGUGGGUUUGAUAUUCUCAUGUUUCAAUGAUGAUAACUCUACCAAUCAAGGUCUGAUUCAAGUCACAUGCUUUCAGUCUAUCAACCAAAGCCCGGAAGGAGAGGCACCUCAGUAUGAGCGGCUGGAGAUCGCCCUCCAUAUCAUCCCACAGCAGACCUUUGGCCGGGCGUGUCUCGAUGCGUUAGCUGAGUUGCCACGGAUACUGACCAUGGAAGAGGGAGAAGCCUAUGCUAAGGCCAGUGAGGCAACGCAAGGUCACCUCUUAACAGCUAUACACAAUGGAGCAGUGUACACAAAAUCAGUUUGUCACCAGCUGGAGAGAUUGACAGGGCCUUUACUGCAGACAUUGGAAAACAGACUUGAAAAAAACAUGCAACUUAUUGAGGACAUGGAACGAGAAAAGAAACAAUUAAUGGAAGAACUCAAAUCUGGUAGCUCAUGAACGUGAAUCCUGCCGACAAUGCUGUUUCUUCAUAUGAGGAUCUAUGGACCUUUGGAAUUUUUGUAGCCCAAAGUCCAAGACUUUGAACCACAAGGCCCAGGGUUAGAAUCCCAAUACAGGCACUCGCGUCCUUUGACAAGGCAUUUAUCUACUUUUGCCACUCUCCACCCAGUUUAGGUACAUGGGUACCUGGUAGAAAGAAAUUCCUUGAAUGCUUGAGCGGUUGACAAGAGUAGCCAUACUAAAGGCAGGUCAAUAGUAUCCAGUGCUUAGAAACAUUGUUUUAAGUGCUAUAAAAAUUUGCAUAUUAUGAUUAUUGGGCAAGUCCAAGAAUUCG